AGCGACGUCAACUCAAAUCAGUUCUUAAGAGAUUGUGCAGGCGAUCAGACGUUCACUUUCUACCGAUUUUGUGCAAUUAUUUGUUUCUAGCGGCAUGGUGUUUAAGUUAACCAGCUCCCUGUUGGUGUUUGGCCUGUUGUUUAUCCAAUCGAAUGGCCAACAGGGACUAAGUUUGGAGGAUCUGAUUAAUCAGGUCUUUACUCCAACCCCAAGCCAAGGAACAACGCAAGUUUUUACACCAACGCCAGCGCCCACACCCGCACCCACUCCAGAUACCAGGGUCAAUGCGAAUGGUGGAGCAGGUGCCUACAAAUCAUGUGGUCUAGACAAGGAAUGCGUACCGAGACAUUUGUGUGUUGAUGGCGCUAUCAGUACUACAGGCGAGAAUUUCAUCGAUAUUCGUAUAGACUCCACCUGCGCGUAUAACGAGCUUUGCUGCGACCUACCGAACAAGAGAUCAGAACCUGUUAUUCCUCCUUUGCCGCCUGUACUUCAUGGCGGAUGUGGUUGGCGCAACAAAGAUGGUGUUGGUUAUAGAGUCAUAGGCGACAACGAUCACGAAUCACAAUUCGGCGAGUUUCCGUGGAUGGUGGCCAUUUUGCGCACCGAAGAUGCAGCUGGUGAAAUAAUACAUUUGUAUGAUUGCGGCGGUUCUUUGAUUGCAGCCAAUGUUGUGUUGACGGCUUCUCACUGUGUUAUAAAUCGUGAGGCCAAUCAGUUGGUGGUGCGGGGUGGUGAAUGGGACACCCAGAACACAAAUGAGAUUUUGCCACAUGUUGAUAAACGUGUGCGCGAAAUAAUCAGACAUGAAAAGUACAACAAGGGCGCCCUCUACAAUGAUGUCGCACUUCUCAUAUUGGAAGAUCCUUUCAAUUGGCAGGAAAACAUCCGUCCUAUUUGCCUCCCUGAGCCAAACACAAACUUCGAUCGCAGUCGCUGCUACGCAACUGGGUGGGGCAAAGACAAGUUCAGCCGUGACGGUGAAUAUCAAGUCAUUCUAAAGAAAAUUGAUUUGCCCAUUGUGCCACAGGACACCUGCCAGCAGCAACUAAGACAAACUCGUUUGGGUCUCUACUUUAAUCUGCACGAAAGUUUUGUUUGCGCUGGCGGAGAAAAAGGCAAAGAUACAUGCAAGGGUGACGGCGGUUCCCCACUAGUCUGUCCUGUACCUGGUUCCCCAGAUCGCUUCUAUCAAGUCGGUAUUGUUGCAUGGGGAGUGGGCUGUGCUGAAGAAAACAUUCCCGGCGUUUACGCCAAUAUUCCCCACUUGCGUCCUUGGAUUUCUGAAAAACUUAGCGCUCGUGGCAUUCCCUUUGCCGACUUUACACCGUAAGAGACAGCGGGAAUCUGCUUUAAAUACUCGCAGUCAUCAAUGUACAUAAAUACUUAUGAUAGAAUUUAUAACCAAAUAAAAUUUCUUCAAAAUAA